CGCUACGUCAUCCAGCUAUGAGACUUCUUAGAGGUUGGCUUUGGAUAUAACCCCGCCCUCCCAGCGCGCGGAAGGAGUCAGUCACGCUCGGAACACGAGACCUGAAACGGCAAGCGGGGCAGGGCGAGUCAGCAACGGAAAGCCCGUCUUAGCCAAUGGCAGGAGCGGCCAGGUGUUGCUAGGAGACGGGUGCAAACUGCUCCGGGCAGCUCUCUGGCGAAGCUGAGGGUAGCAUGGACGGCGGGAAGUCGGGCGGCCGCCGCCCAGGCUCCGCUCACAAAGCUGAUCUCGAAGUGAGAUGGGUACAAGGAUUCACCAACAGGAAUGUUGGCUUUGUCACCAAAAGAACUGUCUGCUAUCCUUGUGGGAAUUACAUAAUAUUUGUUAACCUUGAAACACUGGAGAGAUCCAUCUUGCGGUGUCACAGUGGAAAGAUAGAAGCUUUUGCAGUGAACCCAAACCAGAAUGUCGUUGCUUAUUCUGACAGGCAACUGAAACCUGUGAUUCACAUCCACAGUUAUCCAGGACUAAAGAGACAGGCCAAAUUAAAAGGACAAGCCAGCCUGGACUACACCUUGCUUGCAUUCAGUUACACAGGUCCUUACCUGGCCAGUUACUCCUCAAUCCCAGACUUUACCCUUACAAUAUGGGACUGGAACAAAAAAGUUAUUUUGUGCAGUCAGUCACAGAUGGGAGUAGAAGUGACCGCAAUGAGUUUUAACCCCAUGAGCUGGCACCAAUUGUGUUUAUAUAAUGGGACUUCUGUUACACUUUGGACCAUUGAGCGGAAUAAUGAAGAGCACAUUUUGAAGUCAAAGUCAGUUAGGCUUCCUGCUGAAGAUGGAACUUUAGCAGAUGAGCAAAACAGCUUCUUCUCCCAUCCCAUGGACAAUGAUCCUUACUUUGGCCCUAUUCUGCCCAAUUCAGCCAUUGCUGGCUUGGUAGGAGAUGAAGCAGAAACAUUUAAGCCUAAAGAUGACAUUCAACCUUAUGUUCACCCUACUUCCCACUGCUGGACUCAAAUCUCUGAUCUGUAUAUGGGCUGUGAAGAAGGAUAUUGUUUGAAAAUUGGUGCAGACACAUUCAAGGCUACAGUUAUCCAUCAAAAGCUUUCCCCAGAUGCUAAAGCAAAAAAAAAGGCAACUUUUCGAUCGGUAUCACACAGUAUGAAAACAGAAGGUAUUUACUUUUUAAUGCUAAUUGACUUUGCAGUAAGCAUCUUACUGUAUGUUGCUGUCUGGUAG